GUUGAGUGUAGCGCCUAAGCAGAAUCGCAGAAUCGAACCGUCGUUCUGUUCGACUGGUGACUGAUCGUGGUUUUGGACUAGUUGUUGCGACGCAGGAAGGUGCCAGUGCAGCGAUCUGUUUUCAAGAGAAGAUGGAGAAGCGGAUAGAACUCGAGAAACGGGGAAGGAAACCCAACGAAAUCACAGACUUCGUACUCGACAAUUGUCGGAGUACGAAUAUCGUUGGCUUAACAGAUGAAUAUGUAGCUUUGGAAAAGUUGAGUCUGAUCAAUGUGGGUCUUACGAGUCUCAAGGGCUUCCCCAAGCUACCAAAUCUCAAGAAGCUGGAAUUGAGCGACAACCGGAUCUCUGGUGGCUUAAAUCUUCUUAGCACAAGUCCAAAAUUAACUCAUCUUAACCUCAGUGGGAACAAGAUUAAGGACCUGGACACGCUCGAGCCUCUAAAAGAAUUCAAAAACUUAAAAAGCUUGGAUCUAUUCAACAAUGAAGCGACAAAUAUGGAUAAUUACAGAGAGAAAGUCUUCAGUCUUAUUCCCAGUCUACGUUAUUUGGAUGGAUUUGACAUCGACGAUUGCGAAGUUGAUGAUAGCGAAGGCGAGGAUGAUGAAGUCAAUGGUAAUGAUGGAGAUGGAGACGGUAUCGAAGAUGAUAGCGAAGAAGUCUCUGAUGAAGAAGAUGACGAUGAUUUGGAUGAAGGUGGCGUAGGGUUGGAAGCCGUAUACAAAGAUCAUGACGAGGAAAGUGACGAGGAAGAUUAUUUGGUAGAGGAAGACGAUGACGAUGAUGAUGAUGAUAUCGAUGAAGAUGAGCCAGAGGAGGAAGAAGAAUCAUCAUCUCCAGCCCGAGGUAAAAAGAGAAAACACGAGGAUGGCGGGGAGCCGGGGAAUUAGAACCCUGAUAAAGUUUUCGCUACUGUCGAAUGAGUGUGUAAAAUUCGUAUAAAUAAUAACAAUGAUUGCGCCGCCGAGUGAACAGCUGGGAAUCAAACUUAUUGACCGACCAAUGACAGUACAGUUAGUGGUGUGAUUUUAUCAGUAAAGAAGGAAAAAGAAAGAUAGAAAGAAAUAGAAUCAUUGUCUGAGAAACUGCUUGUGAGACAAGAAUUGAUUAAGAAUAAGUGAAGAUCACAAGAGAUGAAAGAACAGAAAAAAGGCAUAAAUACGGGCCGCAUUCCAGCUAGACCCAACACGUUUUAGUUAUACUAACGAUAUUUUAUAUAGAGUAUAUAGUUAGAAAAUUAGAGGUGUUGCACAGUGUGGACGGAAGUUUGGAAUAAUGAAGGACUCGAUUAACAGCAGAGAUCUUCACUCGAAUGGAGCGCAUUUGUCUGUUAGCUCCGGUCGGCCAAAGGCUGGUCAUGCUGGAAUGCAGCCGUCGUUAAAUAAGGUUACAUAAGUUACAUUUUAAAUACAUUAUUAUUGUACCAUUAAACGAGGAACAACUUUUGUACAGGUUUACGAAAUGUCGCUGUGAAUUUUAGGGCAGAAAUUAAGGAGACCAACAAGAAAAUGAUCUUUGGGUCCAAGGCUGAUGAUUAGAGAAUAACAAAAGUACUUUAUUUAAAAGUAUUCUUAAGUAGGGGUUCCAGUCAUUGUUUUCUCAUGUUCUAAGGGGUAAUUUCUAAACUCGUACUUGAGACUUUGUUGUCUAUUUGGUAUGUAUUAUGCUGAUGUCGAUGUUAACGAAAGUCAGAAAACAUUGGUAUAACCACUGGAAGACAAAGAAGUCGAGAAAAAAAAGUGCAAAGGUAAUUUUUUAAAAAAGGUUUUACAUUUAGUUAUCCACAUACCUGCUUGAUUUUGGGUUUAUGAACUGUAAAUGUUGAGAAAAAAUGUUAAAAAUUUUUUUUAAUAAUUCCAAAAAUAAAAAAUAUAUAUAUAUAAACAAUAAUAAUAAUAAUAUGCCACAAUGAUCUUUAUUUUCUGUCUUGAAAAUCACUGAAGCGCUAGCAUAUAUCGUAUUGAAUAAUGCGAAGGUAAUGGAUAUUGACGAUGAUGAUCAUCAUUAUAAUUAUUAUUAAAUUAUGAUUCUUAUGAUUUUAAACAAACAAAUGUUUACACAUCAUGUGCUUUCACAACGAUUACGGAAUGGUAAUUAAAAAGUGAGAAGAAUUUAUACUAGGGCAACCGACUAAGUAUGCGGAAAGAGAUCCAGGCGCAAAUGAAAAAUAAAACAGAAGAGGCAGAUCAGUAAAAUGUAAAACAUAGCUAAUUGUAUGACUGGGACCGUUUGACUAAACUGACUAAACAGAUUACAGAUAACUUUGACCGUAUGAGUGUAUGAGAGAAGAAUGCAAGUUUAAGAGGGUUGGUUUUGUAACAAAAGGAAGAAAAAUAAAAAUAAAAACAAUUGCGGUAGAAGAACAAGGACCUGGCGCGACCUUGCCGCCAGAUUGGUUAUGGCCUUAUCCAAUUUUUCCAGGACUAAAAGCAAAUUUAUAUUAGGUACAGUGAGUAAAUGUAUCUGUAAAUUCCAUUGCGGCUCGCGCGGAAGCGGCGUAUUGAAAAAUGAAUUAUAAAUAAUACUUUAAUUAUUGAUUAAUUAUUCCGCGCGCUUCGCGACACAAGAAACUUUUGUCAAUUGUGAUUUUGGAUAGACCAUUUAAUUGAGAAAAUUUGUGUCCGCCGCCUUCGUCAGAUACUUUUACGACCGUAUAUUGUCUGUCUGUUCUGUUGUUAAAGUAAAUUUUUAUCAUAACGUUUGUUUAUUUUGAGUAAUCUUCAUCACAGAAUAAGAAAAAAUAAUUUAUUAAUAAAACCAUUUACAAAUCAAGAA